UCGACAUAGCUCACAGCUGGUGUGGUCAGUGGGCUCCACUCAGCAGAACCUGACGUGUGUUCAUGCUUGUGGGUCUCCUGAAGUUAUGAUAGACCUUGCCAUCAUGUGUGAAACAGAAAUAAUCUCCAAUGAACCCACCAGCCCAACAUCACCCUACUACGGGGAGUCAUCCGAUUCGUACUACCGCGUAGACCGGUGGCAGAAGCUGCGAACUGCCGUCCGAAAGCUGGAGUUUUGGGAGAACUUCAGCGCCGAACUGGCAGGAAGUGGGUUCUUUUCUAAAGUGUAUAAGGUAACUCACAACACAACCCAUAAAGUAAUGGUGGUAAAAAUUUACAAGAAGGACGUUGACCAAGAUGUCAUUGUGCGUGAGAUCAGUCUUCUCCAGAAACUCUCUCAUCCCAACAUUGUCAGAUAUCUUGGGGUUUGUGUUAAAGAAGAUAAACUCUAUCCUAUGCUUGAGUAUAUUAAUGGUGGAUGCCUAGAAGAACUGCUAGCCAACAAAGAGGUUAAUCUGACUUGGAAGGAAAAAGUGGAUCUUGCAUCAGACAUUACACGAGGAAUGGUGUACCUACACUCAAAGAAUAUCUAUCACAGAGACUUAAACUCCAAGAAUUGUUUGAUUCGGGUAACACCGCGCGGGAGAGAAGCCUUGGUUACUGACUUCGGGCUGGCACGUGAAGUGGUCGAGCUGCCCACAAAGGACUUUGACCGCAAGCUGUCCUUGGUGGGAUCUGCAUUCUGGAUGGCACCUGAAAUGUUGAGAGGAGAACCUUAUGACAGGAAGAACAUGUGCAUCCAGAAUGAGGCUCCUCGGUCAUCCAAGGACCCACCAACACUGACGGAGAUCACCUUCAUUUCCGAGUGA